UUCUGUUUCUCUUGUCAGCCAUGGCCGCUGUUCACCCGGAGAAAGCUCUGGAAGAUGACCUGGCCUGUCCCAUCUGCUCGGAUUCCUUGCAAGACCCCGUACUCCUGAACUGUGGGCACAAUUUCUGCCAGGCCUGCAUCACCCAGGUCUGGGAAGGACUGGAAGAAAACUUCUCCUGUCCCAAGUGCGGGAAGAGAUUCCGGGAGAGGCAUUUGCACCCAAACCCCCUGCUGGGGAAGGUGGUGGAGCGAGCCAGGCAGCUGGGGUGGGGGGCAGAGGAAAGCAUGUGCCAGAGGCACAAGGAGAGGCUUACGCUGUACUGCGAGGAGGAUCAGGCCCUGAUCUGCAUGGUGUGUGACAGAUCCAAGGAGCAUAGAGCUCACAGGGUGGUUCCCAUCGAGGAGGCAGCCCAGGAGUACAAGGGCCAGUUUCAAAGGCACCUGCAGAUUCUGAAAAAUGAGAGCUCCAGCCAGAAGGCCUUCACCACCAGCGAAGGGAGGAGGCUGGAGACGCUGCUGGCUCACACCAAGACCGAGAAGAAGCGAGUGGUGUCCACCUUCCAGCAUCUGUAUCGGCUGCUGCAGGAAAAGGAGCGCCUCCUGCUGAAAGGACUGGGUAACGUGGCCCAGAGUGUGGAGCAGCUGCAGCAGGAGAACAUCAACCACCUCCACCAGAGGGUGAUACCGCUGCAUGGACUGGUAGCCGAGCUAGAGGGGAAGUGCCGGCUCCCGGAUGCUGAGCUCCUCAAGGACGUCGAAAGCACCUUGAACAAGUAUAAAAAGAUGAUGCUGCCCGAAUUGGCGUCUGCGCCCACGGCUGAACUGGAGGAGAGCAUCAGGCAUUACUCCCGCAAGAGGAGAGCUCUCCAGGACGAGAUGUGGGAAAGCCGGGAGAUCCUGACCCUGGAUGCCGCCUCCGCUCACCCUGGCCUGGUGGUGUCCCCAGACCGGCACAGUGUGUGGCAUGGGAACAGCGGGGGCUGCCCGCCCAGUGACCGCCGCAGAUUCUUCCCGGCCUCCUGCAUCCUGGGCUCUGAGGGCUUCUCCUCAGGCCGGCACCGCUGGGAGGUGGAGGUGGGGGACAAGGACGGCUGGGCAGUGGGAGUGGCGAGGGAGUCCGUGAGGAGGAGGGACCCCACGGAGCUGCAGCCCCAGCACGGGGUGUGGGCUGUGGAGCUGGGAUGGUACCAGCUCCUUCCUCUGUCCCCAGGGCCACCAGCGGCAGCCCCGAGCCGAAGGCCCCACAGGAUCCAGGUUUGUCUGGACUACGAAGGGGGACGGGUGUCGUUCUACGAUGCCGAGAACCUGACCCCACUGUUCACUUUCACGGCCUCCUUCACCGAGACGCUCUUCCCCUUCUUCUGGCUCUGGGCCCCCAGCGCCCGCAUCACGCUGUGCCCCUGAGGGAGACAGAAAACCCACCCUGCCAGGACCACGGCCUGAUUGCUAGGU